UCGGCGAAAUCACACGCCCCACGCUUUGGUGCCUGUCCCCCAUAACAUAUCUCAGAACUUUAGAUUACCAUUGCGGAAAGCUGCGCGUUGAAUUAUAGCUAGUAUUAUGAACAUGUCGUCUUGAAUCUGUUCGCGGUGAUAGCAUCUUCGCCUUCCUUAGUUAUGGCUACCGAGAAAAUAGUUAUGAGUUCAGAUUCUCCAGGACCCGACUUACAUUCAAAUGUCAGUACAGUCCGUGGUGGUCAGGGCGUACAGGGAGAGGUAUCUACAGCUCGACAUGAGGGGCUGUCACUCCAGUGGUCAACGCCCAGCCCAAACCCUGAUCAGCCGGAUUCGCAGACUACCAGCCCAGAAGGAGUAACAUAUAUUGACAUUGUAUUCAUUCCUCGGAUAUUCGAUCUCUAUCAACAGCUUGACACUUCGCCAAAAUGGCUCUUAGAUUAUACGCAUUCCGCAAAUCUUAAUGUCAGAUUAUUUCGGUUUGAAUAUGAUCCAAAUGAGGUUAUUCGCAGCUUCCAAUGUCGUCGUGUCAUUCGAAGACUAUCCUCGAAACUUCUAGAUAGUCUCGCAGAGCAGCGGGACGAUGAGCUCAAACGCGUUGUAAUGUUCGUCGCUUUUGACAUUGGAGGGAUCAUCGUCAAAGAUGCACUAUCCCAAGCUUCUCAGACCGUAGGCUCCUGGAUGGAAAUUUUAGACUAUACUCGAAUGCUGGUACUGAGCCAUUGCCCACACCGAUGUAAGAGCUUGAUAGGAAUGCAGGAUAGUCUUAGCCGGCUACUUUUCACUUCACCUCUCGAGCUUGAAAUUCCUCUCCGUCCGUCAACGGCCGCAUUACCCGGGCUCGCUGCCGCUAUUGUCGAAAUCAACGGCUCUUUCAUAUCAUCCAAAGUCCUUCUCCGUACUCGGCUCGUCAGUAGUUAUACUACUAGGCGGAUUUCUGGCGGAGUGCAUGAGUAUUUUAAUACUUUCACCCUAACCCUAGGGACACCAUUCGAAACGCGUGUGCACGAAAAUACACUAAGUAACUUCAGUCUAAUACUGGGUAACUUGUUUCAUAACUUUGAACAGAUAACAAAAUUUGUCCCACGGUUAUUUGAUCAUGAACGCUCCCUGUUGUCCGUCGCAACGGGCGUCGAACCGUUUCGUACAGAUUGCAGCCUGGAAGCUCAACUUCGUGGCUAUUCUACUUAUAGGGAAUGGUUUGAUAACCCUGGUGGCCAGCUACUCUACGCCCAUGGUGUUGAAGACAUUCAAGAAACUGCGGAGCACGUAUUUUAUCAGCUGGAUGCGAUAACAACAUCAACGGCUGCGACAUUUCUUGAACUUUACUUUACCUUUGAUCGUCAAGAUAUAAGGCGAAAUCGGUUGUCCCAGAUGCUCUUUACAUUUCUGGCGCAGGUUGUCUGCCAUCACCCAAGUCCGAGAUCUUCAAUAAUGACUUUCUUAAAGUUUCUGGACACUGAACGAUCCUGGACCGAAAAUGACCUUAUGUAUUGGUUCGAACAGGCACUGUUCAGGUUCGAUGAUGUUCGUAUCGUUAUCAAUAACUUUGAUGAGUGCGAUGCGAACUCGCGGAAAACGUUUACUCAAUAUGUCUCCCGUGCUGCGGCUACUUACGAAAAAUCUUGGAAAGUAUUUAUUACCAGUCGAGCCAAUAAUCUAAGUGAUGAAUUAUUAGGAUGGCGAAGCCUCGAUCUUAGUUUGGCGUCUAUCCCUGACGAUGAUCAACUCGAUUCACCGCAGAACACAGAAAACAAGACGCAGAAAAGUGAGGAUCUACCCCAAUCAUACGACUUCGAUCAUAUUUCAUGGCAAAUUCCUGCAUGGUUCGAUGAUAUUGAUUUCCUAGCACGUUCGGUCAUCCAGGAGCAAUUGGUGCGGAGAACAGCGUUGAAGAAGAACGCUGCACCGGAAGACCUUCUCAGACCAAUAGACGACAUAGCAGCCAACACUCCGGUCGAAUUGAUUAUAGAUCGUAUACUCCGAAACAUUUCCGAUCAGCCGUUACUACGAAUAAUGCUGUCCUGGAUUCUCUACUCAACCAAGCCAUUGUCAAUCUGGGAACUCGCUACGGUAGUAUUUAUUAGUCGUGAACAUGAUGGAGGAUCUACCAAUCUACCCAAAAAGACAGAUAUAGAAACGAUCUUCCCGGACUACCAUAACUGGCUUGCUUGGCUGGCCGGUAUUAUCGGAAUUGAUAACAAUGAAAUUCAUGUGUCUAACCUUCGUAUAAGAGAUAUAUUCAUGACACCCAAAGCAGAAGAAGGGCCAACCUAUAUCUGGCAUGAAAUUGCCGCCGACGCUCAUCAUCAAAUUGCUACUACUUGUCUAGCUUACCUCUCACGACCUAGUGUUCAAGAGCGAUAUGUCGAAUUUAUCGAGAAACACGCGGAAAGCGACCCAUCUAUUAUAGUACUAGAUGAUUCUCGUGAUUUAUUUUCCUAUGCGAUUCGAUAUUGGUUUCAUCAUUAUAUGCAAGUCCAAGAUCGGUUAGAAAAGAUUGGGAAGUUAGAUCAACUUUUCCAAGAAGUCGGACUGCGACGUUGGCCAGAGGCUUUCUGGAUUUUUACACGCCCUGUCACUGCGAGUGACAAUUUCUGGAAAACCCCCUUUCCACCCCUUGCUAGUCUUGGGUGCCUAGAGGUUGAGCCAGAAAAUGACCAAGACCUGGAAGCGGGGAUACUUGAAGCAGCUCUCAAUGGCCACGUGAGAGUGGUUCAAAAGCUCGUCAGAUCGAAAGCGUGGAACCAAGAUGCCAUCUUGCGUUUUAUCGAAGCAGCAGGCCCAAGUGGUCAAGAGCAGCUGGUAGUCGACCUCAUUAGUGACCUCGACCUUGAUUCUUAUAGUACCAUUGACGAAUGGGGCCCACCGUUAUUGUAUAGAGCAGCGAGAUUAAACUUUGAUCAGCUUGCGGAAACCUUGAUAUCAAAAGGGUGUCCGAUCGACUGCAAUAACCCACUUACAGGCGACUCUUUGAUGGACCUUCUACGCGUUGCAUCAUCAUAUGGGAACCUCAAAACAGUCAGAGCUUUAGUGACGCACGGAGCUGACAUCAAGUCCGGCUCUUUAAAUGGGAAUUCAUUGACGUCGGCCAUUUUAGGAAACCAUAUCGAAGUAAUAGAAUUCCUUGCCAAAGAAAAUAAGGACAUUUUAGAGUAUAGCAUUUACGAUGGUAGUACUCCUAGGCCAUCCCCUUUGUGCUUUUCUUGCGGAUGGGGACGCCCGACAGCGGUACAAAAACUCCUUGAACUCGGAACGGAUCCAGAUAGACCGGACCCUGGUGGCAUGAAGCCAAUAGAAAUAGCGGCAAGGCACAGAAAUAAGAGAUGCGUUGAGGCGUUGUUAAAUCAUGGUGUUGAUCCCGAUACUCCAAGCGGAAUAGGAAAGGGUACAUCUAUGCAUCACGCUGUCGCCAAUGGGGAUGUGCAAAUAUGCCAAUUACUACUAGAACGCGGCGCCGAUCCUAACAACCCGCUUCUUAAGUCACCGCUUUUACAUGGUGUAGUAAAUCGAGUUUUGCCUCUUGCAACCGAACAGCGGAUCGACUUAACAAGGCUUCUGGUCAAAUAUAACGUGAAUAUCAACGCUAUGGAUGAGCUGAAAGCCACCCCAUUACUUAUCGCAAUCAGAAAUCAGUUUGGAGACCUUGCUAGAUGUCUCUUAGAGUAUGAGCCCGACGUUAAUCUCGCGGAUUUUGAUGGAAGAACGCCGGUAUACGAGGCAGUACGGAAUCAAGACGAAGGUCUAGUGAAAUUGCUACUCGAGAGAGGCGCAGAUGUAAACGUCCAAACAACCCAAGGCUUAAUUCCUCUCCAUGUUGCCUCUUCAAGUACGCCUAUUACUCAGCUUCUAGUAGAGAAAACCAACGAUAUUAAUCUCAAAAACGAUAGUGGCCUUACACAGCUGAUGUUCCUUGCAUCUAAAGGGUGGGAGGCUUCUAUCAAAGUUCUCUUGGAGCAUAAGGCCGACACUGAAAUUGAAGUUGAUCGAACAGCCACUAAUUGGGCUGGAUAUACAGCGAUAUCGUUUGCUGCCUUCUACAACCAUCCAGAGACAAUUACUUUAUUGGCUUCUUACGGAGCAAACCUGAAUCACAAGGAUUCUAUCGGUCUCAACCCACUUCACCUCGUGAUUGAUGGGAUCGACGGGAUCGAAGGCGGCUGCCUUCAAGCCUUGAUGGAGUUCCGUACGCGAAUAGACAUAGACCAAGUCGACGAUGUAGGCGAGACUGCACUGGGCUUGGCAGCUUUUGAAAACGAAUUGAAACCCGUACAACUAUUUGCUCGCGGAGGCUCGAAUAUAAAUUCACAGGACAACAUGGGUCGAACAGCAUUGGCGAAAACCAAUAAGGAAACAAUCGUAUCGUACCUUCUUGGGCAAGGCGCUGACCCUAACCUAAGAGGCUUAGAUCCUGCCGCCGCAGACUCUCCUAUCCAUGAAGCCUGCGGCUACUCAUAUUUCGGAAUAGCGAAGCAACUACUUGAUUUCGGAGCCGACAUUGAAACAAUGGCGGUAUCAGGCUACGGCACGCCUCUAAUGAGAGCAUGCCUUCCGUGGGACGAUAGCAAAAAGGAAGAUACCGAAAAACUGAUCAAGUAUCUCAUCGACCAAGGCGCGAAUGUAAAUGCUAAGAGCUAUUACGUUGGGAGCCCAAUAGCAGCCGCAGCCCUGGGAAUGGAAUCAAGUAUUGUCCAGUUACUACUGGAAAAAAGAGUUUCCGUUAAUAGCGAGGAUGCCUUAGGCCGGAGACCAAUUCAUUUUGCUGCGCUUCAUAGUGUUGCUAAUUUCCGGAUCAUUACCGAAGCGAAAGCUGACAUAGAGGCAAAAGACAAGCUCAACCGUGGUGCCUUGCACUGGGCCGCCCAAGCCGGUCGCUCACAAGUUAUCAAACAUAUCAUAGAACUGAAUCCUCAAGUAGAUGUGGAUCAGAGGGACAUAGACGGGUGGACGCCUCUUUGUUGGGUCGCCAAGGGGGGAGGUAGUUGGCUAUUUGAGGACGAUGCCAAUGAUCCCGAGGAUAUGAUUGGGGUAACUAGGGCAUUGUUAGAGCAACACGCUGAUCGAUCUAUUCAGUGCCCGGUUGGUAACGAACUCUGGACUCCGCUUGAAAUCGCCUCCUAUUUCGGGGCUGAUCCCGGAGUUAUUGACCUCUUGAAAAAUGGGCUUGAAAACGAAGACCAGGGGCAAUCAGCCGAGGAAAUUCCAACCCCAACCGAAGAAACCCAACCAGAACUCCCAAGAGCAGCUCAUUUACACGAUAGUGCUUGGUGCGACAGUUGCUUCCUGAAAGUUAAGGGAUUGUGUUAUGCAUGCAGAACUUGCUUCAGUUACAUACUCUGCCAAAAGUGCUAUGUUCAUUUGGACAUUGUCCACGAGUACAAGCACGACCAUGAAUUCGAGGAGAGGGGCCCAGAAUACGAUGCAAUGUCAGAGUCCAACGCAGACGAGGAUGAUCAAUCAGAGACGUCGUCAAUUACUGAAUCAAGCAUUGAUAACAGCGAAGAAAGCUCGGAAGAUACCAAAGAAGAGGAGGCAGGCGGUUCAAGUGAAGAGGAUUAAACUAUAGGUAGUCUGGUUAACUAAAGUUUUCCGUUACUAGUGUCGGCGGGUUCGGCUUGGUGUUUCUAACGAUCUAUAUCUUCACUAAGGCCAUGAUGAAGCAGAAUUGGAUAUAGGAGUCUUGCCGAUUACGUAGAUUUUCUUCCUUCGACGGGAGCAGUGAUAACAACACCGCCAAAAGAUAGCCUUCGAACCAUCAAUACCAUACAUUAAUCCAUCACUGUUAGCCAUGUGCGGCAUUAUAUGAAGCUGAUCACUGAUAACCCUUCACAAUAUCAUCCACCAGCUUCCUAUUCUUCAUGAAAGUUUCAAACUCUUGGA